AUGACAAUUUCAGCCUCUAGAGCCCUCGGAAACGCGCUAAAUUUCUGUCUUUUCGAGGGAUGGAAUAGGCACGGAGAUCUUGUGGCACCAUAUCUGCAAUUCUACCACGCUCGGCCACGGAUACAGGCUGUGGAAAGUCAUCUAACACCAGAAUGGAGGCUUGAGGUCCGAGCUCUGUAUAAAUAUCUCGAAGAGCAAUUCAGCAAUGAAUAUGCUGAGGCCGACGAUCUUAUCUCUCAAGGUUUCUUCACAAGGCCUCACUUUCCAAAUCUGUUUCUGGCCGGCGACGUCCUCGUGAGCCCACAAGAGUCCGAUCCCAUUGCGAUGCUGGCAAGAAGUAUCUACUCGAGCAAGGAUGCUGAAAUAAGAAUUGAAUGUGAGACUUGGUCAUUUGACGGGCUAUUCAAGAAGACGAAGAACGUUGUGCAAAUCUCUCUUCCGUCAGGGUAUUCCGCCAAUGACAAAAUUCCCAUAACAUCUUUGACCGCAAUCCCGCUCCGAAUCGAUACAAGCGGUCUAAAAGAUGUGUUGCGAAAGAGAGGUGAAAUCUUCUGGAGCUGCUGGAAAGGAGGCUUGAUCAGCUACACUGCACCAACGAAGGGUUUCGACAUCCAGAUGCCGAACUAUCGAUGCAUGAUUGAUAUGGAAACAUACAAUGAGCUGUAUAACAAGUCUGAUGGUGCUCAACAAGGCGAUGGUGAUCAAUUGCAUCAUGAUGAGUUUCUCACUGCCGUGGUUGGGCAGGAAAACCUUCCCCCGGGCACAUUCUUGCUCCUCCUGCCUACCACUAUCAAAGCAUUCCGAUUUCAUGACAAGAAGUGGAAAACCCUCGCAGUCAAGCAUAUCAGACCCGUCACCUGGAACAAGACAGCCUUCGAAAGACUGGUCCUGGAUCACGACAAUAAGGAUCAUAUUGAGGCUUUAGUCACAAACCACCUCGAGCUUAGGACCAUGGCCGAUGUGAUUGAAGGAAAAGGCAAUGGACUGGUGAUUUUGCUCCAUGGUGGACCUGGCACCGGGAAAACCUUUACGGCCGAGGCGGUGGCUGAGAUAGCCGAGCGACCUUUGUAUCGAUUGACCUGCGGAGAUAUUGGAACAGAGCCCGAGAUUGUCGAGAAGUGUCUUGAACACAUCUUCUACUUGGGAGGCACUUGGAAGGCCGUUAUUGUCCUAGACGAAGCUGAGGUUUUUCUCGAAGAAAGAACGCAAGCAGACCUCCAGAGAAAUGCAUUAGUCUCUGUCUUCCUCCGGGCACUGGAGUACUAUGAUGGCAUCUUGAUCUUAACUACAAACAGAGUUGUAGUUGGCACCUUUGAUGAAGCUUUCAAGUCUAGGAUACAUCUAGCUCUGCACUAUCCGCGACUGAGCACCGAGAACCGUGAGCAAAUAUGGUCCGAUUUUAUUGGGGCCCUCAGGGAUGAAAGCACUCCAGGGAACGAAAGUGAAAUCGACCACAAAGACCUGAAGAAGAAAGUUGACGCCUUAGCAAGACACAAGUUGAACGGCCGGCAGAUCAGAAACUCGAUUCGAACGGCUAAGCAAUUGGCCAAAUUCAAGCACCAAAAGUUGUCUUCAGCCCACAUUGAAAAGACAAUAAAAGUUGUCAAGAACUUUGAGAAGUACGUUGAGGAUACACAUGGGCAUACUGAUGCCGAAUGGGUUAGAUCAGGCGGGAUCCGUAUUGACAAGACUGAAGACUGA